AAACAGGAUGUCUCGUCAGUUAUCCACCGACGAACGACAACCCCUGUUAUCAGCCCCACACAGUCACACGUACAACAGCAGAGAAUCAGGAGUUAUGGAGUCUGGAAAGGACAAUUUAGGAUAUGAAACUUUUGGUGACGGUGUUUUUGACAACGAGAAGACUUUACCAAAUGAGGAAUUGAAACCUGUGGCUCCUCAACGGAGUCGGGCUGCUCAUAUUAUAGUUGUUUUGAGUAUUUUGAUGACAGAAUUAUGCGAACGUUUAACUUUCUACAGUAUAUCGGCUAAUAUGGUGUUAUUUUGUACCAGUGUUUUGGAUUAUUCUGAUCCCGAUGCUGCAACUAUUAGUCUCAUCUUUUCAGGAUCUGUAUAUUUAAUUCCAAUCGUAGGAGGAUAUGUUGCUGAUUCCUUAGCAGGAAGAUUUAAUACGAUAUUUGGAUCAGGAUUAAUUUAUCUGUUAGGUUUAUUCUUAAUCCCUGCAUCUGCUGUUGACUAUACGGCCAUAUUUGGCACGGAUGAUGAUGGUGGAAGUUUUGAUCUAACUGUGCAAGCGAGGAGAACUUAUUUUAUACUGGGGUUAUGUUUUGUUGGUAUCGGAACUGGGGGUAUAAAAGCUAAUGUUGGACCAUUCGGAGCUCAGCAGGUGGAAGAUAUGGGAGAAAGUGCAGUUCAGUCAUUCUUCAACUGGUUUUACUGGUUUAUUAAUGCAGGUGCUAUGAUCGCCUAUACUGCUGUGGCCUAUGUACAACAGAACAUCAGCUUUGCCUGGGGUUUCUUCAUUCCACUAGUAUCCAUGAUUUUAGCUUUAAUAAUAUUUCUGUCUUUUAGAAGUAAAUACAUCAACACCCCUCCAACAGGAAGUGUUUUGACAACAGUAUUUAACGUCUGUCGACAGAGUUGUAAAAAGGAGUCUCCGUACGUGAAUGGUGAAAAGAAGUUUUUUGAUUCGUCUCGACAAAAGUAUGGUGGAACAUUCAGUGAUUAUACAGUAGAUGGCAUCAUCUGUGUGUUAAGAGUGGUACCAAUAUUUGCUUUAAUUAUAAUUUACUGGGCCAUUUAUUCACAGAUGCAGUCAACAUUUUUCCUUCAAGCAGAGAGAAUGGAUGUAAGUGUAGGAAAGGAGAAUAUACCAGCGGCCAUGUUGAAUGUUUUUAAUACGAUAAUAAUUAUUCUCUUGAUUCCAUUGGUUGAUAGAGUCAUAUAUCCACUCUUUAGUUCCUUUGGACGACCAAUAACACAUCUACAGAGAAUGGGAAUUGGUAUGUUACUUGCUGCAGCGUCUGUAGUAGUAGCAGGUAUUGUAGAGAUUUAUCGUAAAAAGGAACUGGAAGAAAGCGGAGGUUUCAUCCAGACGCUGGCUGACCAGAAGUUCAACUCAUCUCAUUUCAGUGUUUUCAUUCAAGUACCACAGUUUGCCUUAGUUGGAGCUAGUGAAGUAUUUGCUAGUGUUUCAGGUUUGGAGUUUGCUUUUACCCAGGCACCCCAAUCUAUGCAGGGUUUCUUAACAGGUUUAUUCUUUGUAGCCAGUGGAUUAGGUAGUUACGUUUCCACAGCGAUAUUAAGAAUUGUCGAAGCCUCCACAAAAUCAGAUCCAUGGUUUCCAGAAGAUAUCAACAAUGGAAAAGUUGAAAAUUUAUUUUUCCUAUUAGCUGGUCUGAUGUGUUUGAAUUUUAUAAUAUUUGUCAUCGUAUCAUAUUUUUAUAAAUAUCGUGAUCAAAGUGCGGUGGAAGGUGACGAGUAUAAUAUUGAUAAUGAUGGAGAUGAUGUGAUGAAAACGGUGACUAAUAAUGAACACAAUCUGUACGAACCAGAAAAUACCAAGCUGUAGUUGUUCAGGACGAGAAAGAUAGAUUUUAGUUGUUCCGAACUAAGUUUUACCCAACAUUUGAAUAUACAUAGCAAGGCUUAAGACAAACUUGUGCCUUACAGAAUGAUGGUUUCAGAGGGAUUGUGGCACUCGGCAAACCUCGACAGAUUCCGUUACUCUACAUAUAGUCUCGGCUGUAUGAGGGUAAGUGAUAUGUACCUACACCUAUACAAUUGUGAUGCGGCACCGGUUUACUUAUUAGGGAAACUUGCCGCUUUUAGAAAGAAGUUUAGUCGUUCGAAGAGUGUGUAGAAUAUUCAGUGCAAAGUUGUUCUUGUCUAAGGAAAAUAGAAUAAACUUGAAAGAAAAACAGAUUAAGACUUUGAAGACUUUGUAUGAUAAAAAAUUCUUCAAAGGCGUCGUCAUGGGCAACGCCGUUGGUUAAUCUGGGAACUUGAAAGUAGUUCGAAUGGCAGACUUCGUUAUACAGCCAAGGCUAGAUGUAGGGUACUGGAAUCUUCUGAGGUUUGCCGAGUGUGAUUGUGGUUGAUAAAGACACGAGUUUGAGAGGGACAUUGUGAUUGGAAGAAUCUUUUAUCCAAGCUUGCUAAAAUCUGAUUAAAACACAGAUCCUAUUUCGUUUCGUUUUGUAUAGUUCAAAAUUUCGUUUAACUUGUCUUUACUACACUAGGAUCUGGAAGAGUUGUUAUAUAACCCACGUUCUGGUUGAAGUGAGGGAUUAGCCAAUGAAACAGUCUGUUACCAGUGAGUUUUUAGCGUGAGUUGCACGGAACUGUUGGAAACCCACUAGAAACAUCAAUGUUGGUUUGUUAAUCAAAUGUCUGACGUCAUAGGGUCAAAAGCCGCUCUUAUGACCUCUGAUGCGACCUCUAACUACAACUGGUCAGAUCUUCAUGUAGAAUAGGCCACCGAAAGUAUACAAAAAUGAAACAAAAUUUAGAUCAGUAUUUUAAUCAGAUUCAGCUUGCUAGCAUGCAGAUGAAUCUUUUAUUUAGAUUUUUGUAACACAGUGUUGUCAGUUGUAUGUUUUGUUGUACUAAUCAUCGUAUGUUUUAAAUAUCUCUUUCGUGAAAAUUGCAAACGGAAAGUAGAAUAUAAUAUUUGAUUCAUGAAAACUGCAAACCGAAAGUAGAAUAUAAUAUUUGAUUCAUGAAAACUGCAAACCGAAAGUAGAAUAUAAUAUUUGAUUCAUGAAAACUGCAAACCAAAAGUAAAAUAUAAUAUUUGAUUCGAUCCAACUACAUAUUAUCAUUGCAUCAAAAAUGUUAUUAAACUUUCCACAGGACCUGUUUGAUUCCACAUGAUCUUACUGUACUGCAAGAUUGAAUUACAUCCUUGAUUAUAUAAUAGAAGGGGCUGGAUGGCUGAAUGGAUAGCGUGUGCACGUUGUAUCGUAAGGUCUGUCAUUGAGUCAACUGGCGUGGUUUUCGAUUCCCCAGUUCUUUGUGACAAGGAGUAGGGACAAACACAUGGAUUAAUUUUAUUUCAGUAAUUUGCUCCCAUAGGGAUCUUUAGCCGUGGGAGGAAACCAGCAGAGAAAACCCAUGAGAUUGGACAGACGACCCUACUCCUUGUCCUGUACAACCAGGGAAUCAAAACCACGCCAGUUGACUCAGUGACAGACCUUUUGAUACAGCACGCACAUGCUAACAAAUCAGCCAUCAAAUAUGUUUAGAUUUUACAGAAAUAAUCUGAAUUGACAACUUUUUAACAUUCAGCAUACAAUAAUUUAAAUACAUUUUAGAAUGGAUUCAGCCAUGAAAAUUG